AUGCUCAGAAACACCAAGGUUCUGGCAGGCUCCUCACACCCUGAACUCGCCGGCCUUGUCAGCAAGCGAUUGGCUACGCCUUUGGCAGAUACUAAACUCAAAAAGUUCAGCAACAAGGAAACUAGCGUUGAAAUUGGGUCCCAAGACAUGAACGACAAUAUUAUUGAAUUGUGCAUUAUGAUUCAAGCGGCCCGUAUUGGCUCAGCCAAACGUAUCACAGCCGUCUUGCCAUAUUUCCCUUACUGCAAGCAAAGCAAACGAAAAGGAAGAACUUGCAUUACUGCCAAACUGGUCGCCAACAUGUUAGCAGUGGCAGGUGUUGAUCAUAUCAUUACAAUGGAUUUACACGCUUCGCAGAUGCAGGGAUUCUUCCAACGACCUGUAGACAACUUAUAUGCUGAACCCAGUAUCGCAAAAUGGAUCACUCAGAACGUUCCCGAUUGGCAAGAGGGUGUCGUGGUGAGCAAAAAUGCUGGUGGUGCCAAGAGAGUGACCUCACUUGCAGACGCACUCCGUCUUGACUUUGCACUUAUCCACAAGGAUCGAGCACGUGCUGGACCCCAGGGUCACAAUAGACCCUACAGCGGCAUGCCCAAGGCGAAUGGAAGCGUGCGCAUAACGGAGGAGGACGAGGAUUCAAUUGGCAACACUGAAGCGGAGGAGGAUAUCAUGAUGGCAUCGAUCUCUUCGCUCAAUGAAGCUGGCGUGAAUAAUGACAUCAUGAACGCAGCUGUCUCUGUUGUAGCCAACACGGACGGCGAAGAGAGCACAAUCACCUUGGUUGGUGACGUCAAGGACAAGCCUGUGUUCCUCACAGAUGACAUGGUGGAUAACUGUGGCACAUUUUUGGAUGCAGCCGACCACUUGGUCAACAAGUGUGGUGCAGCCAAGGUAUACAUUAUCGCGACUCAUGGUGUCUUGAGCGGUGAUGCCUGCGAAAAGAUUCAGAAUUGCGAUAGUGUAUACAAGCUUGUCGUCACCAACACGUUCCCUAUUCCCAAAGAGAAGCGGGAGAGAUGCAGCAAGUUGGAAGUGAUUGAUAUCUCGGCUACGGUUGCUGAAGCAAUAAGACGAACACACAACGGCGAGAGUGUCAGCUACUUGUUCAAUCAUGUCGAUUAA